UUCGCGCUCACAGCUGCUGGCGAAGGCUGGAGGGUUGUGGUUUUUCUGUGUUUUAUGACUUUUGAAUCUCAUUUUUUUUGGAGUUCGCCUGCAUCUUCGAGGAUAAUUAAACCAUGUCCGCCGCCUCAGGCAGUCAGAGAUACCCGGUUAUAAUGCAUAACCAAAAUUCAAGAGGCUGUAUUCUUUAACCAGCGGAGCUUUGUCAAGUGCAGAGCCUGGGAAGUGCUGAUGCUGACGCUGCCGUCUGACCACUAACGUCACCUUUUCUGUGCCCUCUGAGAGAAACCAUCUCACUGUGCCUUCAAGCAGCUAAACCACAUAAGCUUCAACAAACUACUCGAACCUUCAGAAUGAUUCCCAACGGCUGUUUGGUGUUUGAAGAUGAGAGCUUCUUGGACUCCACCGUGGCGAAGAUGAACGCUCUUCGCAAGAGCGGGCAGUUCUGUGAUGUCAGGCUGCAGGUUUGUGGUCAUGAGCUAAUGGCCCACCGUGCAGUCCUGGCCUGCUGCAGUCCAUACCUGUUUGAGGUAUUUAACAGUGAGGCAGAGCCUCAGGGGGGCAUUUCUCUGGUGAAGUUUGAUGACCUGAACCCAGAAGCUGUAGAAAUCCUGCUCAACUACGCUUAUACCGCACAGCUCAAGGCUGAGAGAGAUCUCGUGCGCAGUGUCUACUCAGCAGCGAAAAAGCUAAAAAUGGAAAGAGUCAAACAGAUCUGUGGAGAUUACCUGUUGUCAAAGAUGGACUGCCAGAGUGCCAUAGCUUACCGUAACUUUGCCAGCAGUAUGAGUGAUGGACGACUGCUGGGGAAAAUUGAUGGCUACAUCCAGGAACACCUGCUGGACAUUUCAGAGAAAGAAGACUUCCUCAAACUUCCUCGUCUUAAGCUGGAGGUGAUGUUGGAAGAGAACCUGAACUUGCCGAGUAACGGAAAGCUCUACUCUAAAGUGAUCAGCUGGGUUCAGCGCAGCCUGUGGGAGAGUGGAGAGCCACUAGAGAAACUGAUGGAUGAGGUGCAAACACUGUACUACUCAGCAGACCACAAGCUGCAUGAUGGCAGAGCGGUGGAGGAGGCUGAAGUGUCUGGCUCCGAGGAUGACCACAUCCAGUUUGUACAGCAGAAGAAAGCCCCUCGUGAGAGCCUGCAGAAGCAGCCGAGUGCAGCCUCCACCUCCUCCAGCCCCAACGGCCAGCCCAACAAACACGAGUGGAAAUACAUCGCAUCAGAGAAAACCAACAACAGUACAUACCUGUGCCUGGCGGUGCUGCGGGGCGUCUUGUGUGUGAUUUCUCUGCAUGGCCGCAGCAGCCCCCACAGCUCCCCCUCCACCACGCCCUGCCUGCAGAAGAGUCGUAGUCUGGAGGCCUCGCCGGACGAGCUCACCGACAGGCUACUGAAGCCCAUGCACUAUGCCCGAUCCGGUCUGGGCACCGCCGAACUGGAUGGAAAACUCAUCGCUGCAGGUGGCUACAACAGGGAGGAAUGUUUGAGGACCGUUGAGUGUUACGACCCGAAGAAGGACUGCUGGACUUUCAUUGCUCCGAUGAGAACUCCUCGCGCCCGCUUCCAGAUGGCAGUCCUGAUGGGCCAGCUGUAUGUAAUGGGUGGCUCAAACGGUCACUCGGACGAGUUAAGUUGUGGAGAGAUGUAUGACCCACGGGCUGACGAGUGGACGAGAGUUCCUGAGCUCAGAACUAACCGCUGUAAUGCGGGUGUGUGCACUUUACAUAACCGGCUGUUGGUGGUCGGAGGGUCUGAUCCCUGUGGGCAGAAGGGACUUAAGAACUGUGACUCAUUCGACCCGGUGACCAAAACGUGGACCAGCUGCGCACCUCUCAAUAUCCGGAGGCACCAGGCAGCUGUGUGUGAGCUGGACGGCUUCGUGUACGUGAUUGGUGGUGCCGAAUCGUGGAACUGCCUGAACUCAGUGGAGCGCUUUAACCCCGAGAACAACACCUGGACCCUCGUGUCCCCCAUGAACGUGGCCCGCAGAGGGGCUGGAGUGGCUGUGCAUGAGGGAAAGCUGUUUGUGGUGGGAGGAUUCGAUGGGUCACGUGCUCUGAGCUGCGUCGAAGUCUAUGACCCGGCUCGGAACGAAUGGAGGAUGCUGGGAAGUAUGACGACAGCACGUAGCAACGCGGGCGUGGCCGUGCUGAACGGGGUGGUCUGUGCUGUCGGGGGUUUCGAUGGGAAUGACUUUCUGAACACCAUGGAGGCGUAUGACCCAGAAACAAACGAAUGGAGCGCCUGUGUGGAGGCUUUGGCUGAAUUGGAGGAGUAGAGGAGCAUUAGGUUUUAAUUCCUCCAGUAAAUGGGCUUGAUGGCAUAGUCUUUCUAUUUGGGGAUGGGCGAUAUGACAAAAAUGUGUCAUGAUGCUUGACAUGUCAUGGCCAUGACGAUUUUUUUGAGGUUAGAGAUCAAAAUUCAUCAGUAGAGAUGCAUUUUAAUUUAAAAUGCUAUUAAAAGUGAGGGCAGGUUUUUAUUCAGUGUUUCACAUACUAUGGUGCACUAAAGACACAUGCACGUCUGAUAUCGUACACAUUGUGACAAUUUAAACAUGUUGUCACAAUAACAAUGAUUUCAUAUUGCCCACCCCUAAUGUGGUGGGUUGGGGUUUAUUUUUUUUUUUCCCCAAAUUUUGUUUUUCUUCCUGUUAUCUCUGGAGCUUCUGGGGGAAAUUAGCAGUGUGUGACAGAAUCACACAAGGUUGCCUAAAGCAACAUUUAAGCCUUUGCAUAUUGCAUUAAAUACUGAGCUGUAGAUAUUAUGUUUUCUCCAUUAUUAGUCUUUCUUAUUAAGAAUGGGGGAAUAUACGAGGUUGAAAUCUCAUCAGAAAGACACGAUUUCAGUGAAUUGCUGGAAUUGACAAAUUUAAUUCAGUAUAUACUCUGUAGCUUGCUGCUGUUAGACUAAUGGGAAACCUAGUUGUUAGUACAUUCAAACUCUGACUAGUAAGAAGGUCUUGCACAUUAGAGGAGAGAAGUAUGAUUGCAGUGAAAGCCUCUCAAGUCGUUCUACAAGAGGUUGUCAUGUUGUAGUGUUGCUGUAUAAGGAGGUAUCUUUUUACAAUUGCCUUUUUUAUGAUUUUUAUAUUCUGGUGAGUGACUAAUAUGAUGAAUGGAUAAAACUAAGGAACACAGAGAAGCCAGCAUUCAACCUUCCAGUUCGUACUGUAUGUUUUUGCUGAGGAACUUGGUGCUGCGGUUUAUUAAUAGUUUUUGACUUCAGGCCUUGUCUCUCAGUGCAUCUAUCUCCGCCUGUUUUGACUUUUAGGACUUUUAAUUUGAGAUGAAUUUACAGUUUGUACAUACUAGGUUGAUCUUUCAUAUGUAAUAAAGGUAUCUGUGGAAUAAGG